CAUCAGAUAUUCAAUCUGAGUUUAUCCCUUCCCCUGCUGAUGAACUACGUCCAGAAAGAACACCCUUUAUUAACCAGAAGAAUUUAAAAAAAUUAAAACCAGAAUUCAAAACCCAUUUCUCCCCAUCCAGUUCAUCCAUCCCUCAACCUUCCUUAUCCCCUACGAUAUCGGAUAGCACUAACAGCAGAGGCCCUUCACCUUUGCCAGUCAAUCCACCAGAAAUGAUUGGAAUAAUAAUCGCUGCCAUAAUAGCAACAAUCGUUGUUAUUUUAAUAAUAAAGAAAAUAACAUUUGGCAAAAUGUCAAUUGAGUCAUCUGAAAAAAGACAAUUGAAUAUACAAAAUGAUAAUUUGAAUGUGUGUUCUGUCGAUAAUAAUAAGAAUGAUAAUUUAAGAUUUGGUAACGAUUAUGUUAUCAGUAACGGACUUGAUGAAAAUAAUGAUCCUUUAUUCGAUC